CUUUAACUCAUUGAAAACCUCGUUUACCCGAAUAUAAUCAGUUCCGCAUUUCUGAAGGUGUAGCAAUAGUCAAAUUCUCAGCUCACUGUCUCCAUUAAAUGUUGACCGAGUAAAAAUUUAGUAUUGAAGAUUGGACUUCGAGUGCGGCAUUUCGACAUUUAAGUUACUUUACAAUGAAUUUAGAACUUCUUGAAGCAUUUCAUCAAAAUUAUCCUGAGGCUGCAGAUGGGUACUUGGAGCGAAUAAAAAAAGAUGAUGGGAGCAAAGAUGCUGGAUGUGCUACUUAUGCUAUAACACUACAGUUUAAUCGUAUUGGAAGCCUUAUUGCUAUUGGCUGCAAUGAUGGAAGAAUAGAAAUAUGGGAUCACGUCACAAGAAGAAUAUCAAAAAUACUGGUGGCUCACUCACACCCAGUUUGUUCAUUAAGUUGGAGUAGAGACAGCAAAAAGCUCCUCAGUGCAUCAACUGAUAAUACAGUCUCUAUAUGGGAUGUUUUGUCCAGUGCUUGUGAGCAGACAUUUCAAUUCCCCUGUCCUGUGAUGAAAGUUCAGUUCAAUGCGAGAAAACGCGAACAGUUUCUUGUUUGUCCUAUGCGACAUGCUCCAGUUGUUAUCAGUGUUCCUAGUGGUGUUCCAACUAUUAUACAACCAGAAGAUGAGAAUGACUUCAGUGUCGUUGCAUCAUAUGAUCGCCGUGGUCGGUAUAUUUACACUGGGAAUUCCAAAGGCAAAGUAAGAUCAAUGUAUUAA